AUGCAAAUGGCACUUUUGUUAAGAGGUGGAACACUUGGAGAUUCUGCCUUUCGUUUGUGUUCUCUAACUUCAACAUCUUCUUCACAUGUCUCCCAAAAUGUUGUCAUACCCAACUCAUCAUCAUCACCAUUACUACCUUUGAUUGCAAGUAGAUUUAAAACAGUAAGUAGAAACAAGAUAAUUUGCUCUGCAGUUCAAGAAUCAUCUACUACUAGUACAUCAGCUACUGCUGAAACAAAGGAGGAGGUAAAGGCGGCAGCAGCAGCUCCAAAAGCAGCAACAGAGAAGAAGGCUCCACCUGCUAAAGCUCCGGUUAAGCCUUUACCUCAGAUGAUGGAAGAGGAUGUGAUUCCUUCGUUGAAAACAAUCUUAGAAUCUAAUAAAGAUCUCUCUGAUAUUGAGUUGGUUUUUCAGGACAAUAAGUUGGAAGGUUCAUUUCUGAAGAAAGGCAAUCCUUAUUCAUUUUGGGCCUUUUUUCCCACAGGAAUUACUGGUCCAAAGGGGUUUUCACUGUCAUCUUAUAACUCCGGAGCAAGCACUGUUGAACCGUUUCUCAUUGAUGAGAAGAAAAUCACUUCAAAACACAUUGUCUUUUGGGUUGAAAAACGUUUGGCAGCACAGGGGAUUAUUCCUGUAUGGAAAGAUUGA